GUAAUUACGAAUGUACUAGCGGGUAUGAACGCAGCAUUAGACAUUGUCGUUUGACAGCUGGUCAGUGGAUCGCAUGCGCCAGAAGACGCUGCUGAAUGAAUAGGAGGGAAAUCACCAACGACCCAAUAAUAUCGGGCGCUUUACAUGUCAUCUGCUCAAAUUAUGACCAUCUCGCCGCCUCUGCUUUCUCUAACUAAAAUAUCUGUUUCCUGGACCUUGAAUGGCUCUGGUCACCGUUCAGCGUUCGCCAACACCCAGCGUUAGCUCCAGUCCCUGCGUUUCGGAGGCAGACAGUGGUGAGGAUGACCGACACUCCCAGCCCCGGAGCAUCAGUGAGAGCUUCCUGACGGUGAAGGGCGCCGCUGUCUUCCUGCCUCGGGGAAAUGGCUCCUCCCCUUCCUCGGCACCCCGCGUCAGCCAGCAGUGGAACAAACACACAGGUGACCUCCAGCAGCACCUGCAGACCAUGUUCACCGUGCUGCGGCCAGAAGACAACAUCCGCCUGGCUGUGCGCCUGGAGAGUGCGUACGCUCAGCCUCAGUGCACGCGUUACAUGGUGGUGGUGUCCACCAAUGGGAGACAGGACACAGAGGAGAGCGUGGUGCUGGGCCUGGACUUUGGCUCCUCAGACAGCACAUGCACAAUGGGGCUGGUUCUACCCCUGUGGAGCGACACACUGAUCCACUUGGACGGAGACGGGGGCUUCAGUGUGUCCACGGUCAACAGGGUCCAUGUCUUCAAACCGGUCUCUGUCCAGGCCAUGUGGUCCGCCCUGCAGUCGCUCCACAAGGCGUGCGAGGUGGCCCGCUGUCACAACUACUACCCCGGCAGCCUGUUCCUGACCUGGGUCAGCUACUAUCAGAGCCAGGUCUCCUCUGACCAGGUCUGCAUCAACGAGUGGAACGCCAUGCAGGACGUCCAGUCCCACCGCGCCGACUCGCCCAUCCUCUUCACCGACGUGCCCACAGAGAGGGAGCGCACGGAGAGGUUGAUCAAGACUCGCCUCAGAGAGAUCAUGAUGCAGAAAGACCUGGAGAAUGUCACCUCCAAAGAGAUUCGCACAGAGCUGGAGAUGCAGAUGGUGUGCAACCUUCGGGAGUUCAAGGAGUUUAUUGACAACGAGAUGAUCGUCAUCCUGGGUCAGAUGGACAGCCCCACAGAGAUCUUUGACCAUGUUUACCUGGGCUCUGAGUGGAACGCUUCAAACUUGGAGGAGCUGCAGACCAGCGGUGUGAGGUACAUCCUCAAUGUGACGCGUGAGAUCGACAACUUCUUCCCAGGCAUUUUUGAGUACCACAACAUCCGCGUGUACGACGAGGAGGCCACCAACCUGCUGGAGUACUGGAACGACACCUACAAGUUCAUCACCAAGGCCAGGAAAGCAGGGGCUAAGUGCCUGGUCCACUGUAAGAUGGGUGUGAGUCGCUCGGCUUCCACGGUGAUCGCUUACGCCAUGAAGGAGUACGGCUGGGACCUGGAGAGGGCCUUCGACUACGUCAAGGAGCGCCGCGGCGUCACCAAGCCCAACCCCUCCUUCAUGAAGCAGCUGGAGGAGUACCAGGGUAUCCUGCUGGCCAGUAAACAGAGGCAUAACAAGUUGUGGCGCUCCCACUCGGACAGCGACCUCUCAGAGCGCCACGAGUCUCCGCUGUGUAAGAUGGGCCCUCCCAGCCACACCCUGGGCCUCUCGGACCCACACAACAACAACAAUGGCCCCACGCCCUCCCUGCAACACUUCCUGUUCCAGGCGCUUGGUGCUGCCAAUGACCCCGACAACAAGUCCAAGGGCUCCCACAUCUCAGACACACAGUCGGAGCCCGUCCGACUCACCCGCUCACUCUCCCACUCUCCUGGUCCGCCAGCCUCCAACGGUCUGUGUGACUCCCGGGAGAGACUCUUUUCUCGAGGGCGAGGACCCCGCCAGGACUCCUUCCUCCCACGGGCGGUCACGGUGGUGCCCGAGGAGAGAACGGACAACUCUGCUCUGGCGGAGGUGGCCGUGACUGUGCCAAUCACCGCCGUCCCCCAUCCUCCUCCCUCACUGCAUAUCCUCCCUCCUUCUCCCUUCCCCCAGCCACUGGCCAAACCCCUCCAUCUAGGUUUGAGCACACAGUUGUCCAGUCCUGUGCCUAAACAGAAAUCCCAGAGUGUAGAGCUGACCCUGGAUCUGCCUGACCACAGCAGCUCAGAGGUCGUAUCUCAGGACACCCUGGAGUCCAGCGACGACUCGGACACCUUGGGACGCUCCCUGUCGGACCCGCUGAGCGAGAGGGGGGACAGUGUCAGUAUGAUGUCCCCAGGGAUCCCCAUGGCCGUGAGCCCUCUCACCCCAACAACGCCUGGGUCUUUAGGACCCUACGCCAACGAUGACAACAACAACCCCUGCGGCGACACAGACACUAUCCUCGCUAACCCCGUCGAUGCCACAUGCGUCACCACGUCCUCCAACCUCGGAACGGACAGCAUCGACUUCUUCAGCGCCCGUGAGAAAUUCCUGGGCCUGUCCCAAGACGGAAAGACCCGGAUUCUUUCCGAGCAGAUGGCUCAGAGGACACCUCAGUUGCGGUGCCCCAGCCAGGAGCUGCAGCCGCUGUCCCCCGAGAACCCUGCUGGAGCACUGCCACCACUGCCAAGCACAGAGGAAGAGGAGCAGGGAAAGAGUUCCCCCCAUACGGAGGACGGUAGCGACCGAGCCAGUCAAGAAAAAGCCUCGUCACCUCCCCAUCACGACAACUGCGUGUCAGUCCGCCAUAUUGUCACAGAGAUAGAGUCCAUAUCCCACCCGCCGGUGGCGGCGCCCCUCUCCUCCACCCAGCCGGCCCCCCACAGCCCACAGCAGCUGCGCCCAGACGACUGGGACGAGGAGACCCCAUUGACCUCACCCUCCUCCUACCCACAAUCCCCCUCCACGCCUCCCUUAGAUUGGCCGGCCGGCUCGGUGCGCAGGGCCACCAAACAGCUAGAGCAAAGGCUGAGGCAGGAGCUGGACUUAACUCUCAGCAAUAUGUCUACCCAACGCUCCCCUCUCCACUCCCCCAGUGCAGAGUUCCACCCCACGGGCUCCCCUCUCCACUCCCCCAGUGCAGAGUUCCACCCCACGGGCUCCCCUCUCCACUCCCCCAGUGCAGAGUUCCACCCCACGGGCUCCCCUCUCCACUCCCCCAGUGCAGAGUUCCACCCCACGGGCUCCCCUCUCCACUCCCCCAGUGCAGAGUUCCACCCCACGGGCUCCCCUCUCCAUACGCCAAGCACGGACUGCCCACCCCUCCUCCACCCCACGGGCUCCCCUCUCCACUCCCCCAGUGCAGAGUUCCACCACAGACUGCCCCAAGCACGGACUGCCCAGCCUACCACAGGCUGCCCCCCUGCUCCUGAGCAAGGAAGACCUCUGAACGAGGCUUUCACUGUGUCUGCAGAGCCCAAAGGAGAGACUGAGCAGGGAGGGUUUGUCGUCUCAGUCAUGGACGUUGCCCCUUCCUUCUCUCACUACCCAGAUGCCCGCCACACCCCUAAGCCCAUCCCAAUCAUCGCGUGCUCUUCCUUAGAGCCUUCUAGGGUCCAGCCCCAGGCCCCCCCUGCACUGCUGUGGCUGGAGGGGGUGACGGCCCUUGACUCAGACACGGAUGGCCCCUCCCCUCCCCCGCCCCACCACGGAAGGCUGGCACGCAGCAGUGAGGAACUGGAGAAGAUCCAGGAGACUCUGAGGGAGCUGCAGGCCUUCCUGUACGAUGCGGGGGGCCUGGGGGCUGGAGAGAGACCUGGUCAGGGGAAGCAUCACGGGGAGACUCCUGUGUGGCAGAGGGCCAUGGAGAUCGAGGCGCGGAUCCGCCAGGCGGGCCUCACGCCCCCCUCCUUGAUGAAGCGCUCAGCCUCGCUGGCCAAGCUUGACUGCCUGGAGCUGUCAGCCAACGACCUGAAUGACUGGGACCUACGGCCCACUACCGCCAGCCCUCAUGGACCCCAAUUGAUGCCCACCCCUCACCCCCGCUCCCACCAUCACCCCAGUCCAGAAGAUGUUUCCAAGAAGCAGCGGGUGUUGUCCAGGGCCCCCCUAGGGGGGGUGUACCCACUGGACUCAGAAAGGACUGAUAGGGGCUCCCAGAGAGCAGGGAGUGAUCCACCCUGUCUCUCCUCAACUCCAUGUCUUGUUCUUCAAGGGGAUGAGGAGCUAGAGACAGACCCCUCCCCCCGGCUCACCUGCACCCAGUCCCCGGCAGGUGCUCCCGACAUCACUAUGACAACCGCGCAGCAGCAGCCCCGCGGGAAGAGUCACCCGCUGCGGCGGCUCCGCAAGGCUGCCGACAAGAAACGGACUGCCACUGUUCUCUACCACACCAUGUGACCUCACUGCACUCGGCCCUAGUGCGAGUGUGUGGUGUCCUAGGCCCUACAUGUGCAUUAUGGUCCAGACUGUCCCCCUUGGGCCCUUGUCUGUAGUAUGUGUGUGUGCACUGACUAGCUGUGUUGGACUCUAUGUAAUCUGUUAGUGUUCAGGUGAAUGCUGACUCUGGAUGUUUGUGUUACUGUAGGUGCUUACCCCCCCCUUUUUAUCGUUUCUAAACAGUUGUAAUUUCUACAACUAAAAAGAGGGGGCUGUUUCUCAAAGAACAUGCACUUUACUCUUAUUUUUACCUUUUUAUUUUAUUUUUUAUUUUUUUAUUUUCUUCCCAGGGGAGUCUUUUUGCACUGAUUUAUAUGGUAGCCUGUCUGUGUAAGUCACAUAUUUUAUUCUUCUUUUCAACAAGACAACGUUCAUCUUUUUUUUAUCCUGUUCUUAGCUGUGACUAUUAAAGAAACAAAAGUACCUAUA